GUCAUAUAUCGACAACAACAGGGAUCGAAUUGAAAGAUUUUCAAAUUAAGUGGCCUGAGAUAGAACAGAUUCUUAUGAGGCUAAACACUUCGGUGAUAAAUCCAGUUCCAAACUUACAGCAGACAAUUGAUGAUAUUAAACAAAGUCCACUUGACCCAGAAGCAGAAGAAAGGAUACAGAAAGAAGUGGAUGAGUGGAGAAAACUUGAAAAGGGUGUAGAGGUCGAUUUAAGACAAGUAAAAGUAGAUAAUCAAGCCAUAAAGGAGCAGGUUAAGCUACAACAGAGCAAAGUGGAUGAAAUAUACAAACGCACGUCAGAAUGUACAGAACUUAUAAGGGGCACACAAGACAAGGUAGCUGAUCUUGAAAAACAAAUAACCAAGAACGAUGAAUCAACACAAAAACAGAAAGAUGAAUCAGAAAGUGCAGCAAGGGAACCGCCUAGCAUAGUGCAAAGACUAUACACGAAGAUACGUAUGCCCAAAAUAAAGAAAGACCUGAAAGAAGAUUUGAUAGUUCUCUACAGACAACACUACCAUACCCUGCCCCUAUCACCUCUGAUAGAAGAACAAGACACACCCCUGCUUAAGUUUUACGUCAUGCCAGACAUAACUUCAGUGGAAACACAAAGGUCGUUUGGAGGUGGCAACGAAAUUAAAACAGAUGUCACCUCUUUGCGCGAUGUGUUCUACACGAAAAACAAAACGUAUCGUGAAAUCUACCUUACAGCAGAUGCUGGGUUUGGAAAAACUGCAUUCAGUAAACGACUCGUUUUGACGUGGUGUCAAGCCAAAAAGGGUAUCAAAAGUGAAGAAAAAUACUUUAAGAAGGAAGAUAUUCAGGCUAUGUCAGAGUUUAGAUUUGUGUUCUUGUUGUCAUUACGUGAUUGUUCUGAUGAAUGUGACAUUGAUGAGAUGAUCGUGAAACAAAUAAUUCCACGACUAGCAAACCCUACCGUAACUGUAAGCAUCAUAGAAACUAUUCUUUCUAAGAACAAAUGUUUGGUGAUUCUAGACGGUUUAGACGAGUGGGUACACCCAACGUCCUACUGUAAGCUAGGACCAAGUGUCAUUCCACACAGGAAAGCUAGGGAAUGUACAAUCCUCACAACAACUAGACCAUGGAAGUUGAGCGUUAUUAGUCUAAAGUCGAGUCAAAUAGAGCAAAAGUUGGAACUUGUUGGACUUAACAAAAGGUCAGCCUAUGAAUUAAAGAAGAGUGUGAUUUCGCUAUUGUGCGACAAACCCGAAACUGUAGACGAACAUAUUGAUAAAUUUGGUCAUGCUGUCGAAGAUAAAGGUAUUUCUGAUUUGGAAAAUGUUCCGCUUUUACUGAUGUAUCUCCUGUGUUUAUGGUGUGAUGGAAUAGAUCUAGGAAGGUCUAAAUGUGAGUUAUACUGUCAACUUGUUGAAAUGCUCCUGAAACGAACGUUUAAAAAAUAUCCAGACAUGCAACAGGCACGCGAACCACCUCAAAGUGAUAUCCCACAAUGCUUCAGUGAACAUGUACAUUGUAGGAAAUGCUACACACUUCUGGAAGCUUUAGAACAAUUAGCAUUUGAAACAUUUUUCAGUGAAAAACGUGAAAGCACGCUAGUGUUUAGUCAGUCGGUUACCGAGAGGUAUCUGAACACAGAUGAUUUGAAAUUAUGUCUUCUCUCAGGAAUAUUAACACAGAGUAAACAAGAAAAGUUAACCCAACAAAGUUCUAAAGUUUCGUUUUCCCAUAAAACUAUACAGGAAUAUUUUUGUGCACUGUACAUUAGCUGCCAAAAUAAAAGGGAUGUCCAGGAUAUUGUGCUACAAAACUUCAACAGUUUACAAAAUAUCCUUGAUAUGUCGACAGUAUUUGUUUUCAUCAGCGGAAUGAAUGCAGAUAUCAUGUCUUCAAUAUCACACGAGUUGAUGUCUGUGAUCAGCAAAGAUCAAAUAACGAGAAGAUACAGAGCUAUGGCAUAUUACGAUUACAAGUACGUAAAUCCUCUGAAAGACAUACGAAACAUGUACAUUUCUUGUUUGAAAGAAAACACGGGUAAUACAUAUCUGUGUUUCCAGGAUUUUAUUAUUGACGAGGACUAUCAACAAGAAAAACACUUGGAGCUUUUAAAACGGCUGGCUCUACACAAUAAAAUUAAUAUACAGUCAGUAUUAAUCAGAACAGGUGUUCAUAGUUUACAUGAGCUGAUCGAUCAAUGUGAACUCGAUGACCUUUUCAGCGUCAAGAAAAUUUACUACGAAGGGGAAUGUAAGGAAGCGGAAAUCAUUCGGUUGUUGACUAAUAGGACUGUGGAAUGUGUAACUGUUGUAUCGAGCGCAUGGCAAGGUAAUAACUUUGUAGGCAAAUGUAGUUCUUGUUCCAGCGAACUGUCUAGAACAUUUCAGAAUAUUACUCAGUUACGAGCAAUUAAUAUCGAUGGUUUCAAGAUGGAACACGACGUGCUGAAGGAGUUUCUGAAUCAUAUUAUAAGCAGAAAAUCAUUGGCGGAGAUUGUGUUGUACAACUUACACUGUGUAACACAUCGUCUUUCCUGCGAAGAAAUUAACUUGGACUUUUCCCAGCAUUCAGAUCUAAGGACGUUAGAAUUGGGCACUAUACCUGUGUCACAAUUAAAAGUGAAUGUAUCAUCGUUAGAGGACUGUUAUGUAGGUCGAUUAUCUAAACCCGGUCUGGUGACGUCAUACCUUUGUGAGCUGCUAGCAGCCAGUAAACUACACACUUUUAGGUGUGGUUAUUUAAAACUACCCGGUGACAUUGACACAAUGCUGCAUACAUUACCAUUGCUUGAUCAAGUGAAACACGUUGAGUUGUUAGGUAUCAACCUAGGUGAAAGGUCACUGUCACCCGAGAUGGUACAUUUUGAGCAUGUUGUGCUGGAUGAAGUAACAAUGUCUGGUUUAUCAUUACGUUAUCUAGUUAAGGUUGUGGAGGGUCUUCGACAGUCAGUGAGAGUAGAUAUGCGAGCUUGUAAUAUAACACCGGAAACAGAAUUUAAAGUCGUUAGAAAAUAUAUAAAAGCAUCGGAGAAUUUCGUAGUUCAGUUUGAUGGCGUCUAUCAGAUCAACAAGUAUGCGUUUGUUUUUCAAACAACCGAAUAUGAAAGUCGAGUACUGUACAAUGAUUUACUCAAUGAACUCGGACCGAUCGUGUAAAUAUUUUAUCAAUAUAAUGUAUAUAUUUGUACAGAAUAAACAAAAUACAGGAGAGUGAAACAGACACGAAAACCAAUUCUGAUUAAUCUGAAAUAA